AUGGAUGGGAAGGCAGCAAUAUGCCCCUGGUCAUUAUUAGAUGUGGAUACACUCAAUUUGCCUCGCUCGUAUGCCUCUGUGGUUGCGAAACCAGUGGUUUCUGUGGACGACCUGCCAACGCCGGAAAUCCAUGAAGGCAAAACGACAGUUACGAUUUCGGAGGAGGGUUACCGUCAAGGAUUGGAAAGAUGUAAACAUAUGCUUUUGGAACGCCUUCACUUGGCUUCGGGAGAAAAACCCUAUUCUCCUACUGACCUUCACAAGAAGCUGAGCCUUGUUUGGGGAGAGAUAGGCCCUUGGCGUGUCAUUCCCAUUGGUAAGGGUUACUUUACCUUCAUUUUUUCCUCAGAGGAGGUGCUCUCAAUGGUUUGGGGAAAAGGGGCCAUUGCGUUAAAGCCUGGAAUUCUGAGAUUCAUGCGAUGGACUCCUAAUUUUUCUCCGUCCAAUCAGAGGAACACUAAUGCUCAAGUGUGGGUGCGGCUAUGGGACUUGGGUUUGGAAUUCUGGGAACCUAUUACUCUUUUUGAGAUUUCAAAUGGAAUUGGUGUUCCUGUUAAGGUUGAUCCGAGUACCUUGGAUAGGAAGUUUGGCCUGUAUGCUAGGGUUUUGGUUGAUAUAGACUUGUCCUCUAAUCCUCCAGGUGAAUUGACGGUACGUAGGAAAACUGGGGAGGUUGUGGUGGUGGAGGUUGAGUACGAGCGCCUCCCUGACUUCUGCUAUCACUGUGGGAAUGUGGGGCAUAGGGUUUCUUCAUGUAAUUUGGUUCAGAAAAGUACAAAUUCAAUGCAGCUUGAGGAAACUGAGGGAGCUCGUGGCCGUUCGCGUAAGCCCCGUCGCCGCCGACGUAAAACUCAGCAGGUUUAUGUUCAAAAACAGCAGGAAAAACCCGACAAUGGGAACCAAGUGAUUGUUGAUAAUACUCCUCCUCCUGUGAUGGAUGAUCCUGGAGAAGGGCCGUCUUUCGCUAGGAAGUCUCCUCUUCCUAAUCCUAUUGCAACGCACCGAAUGGGUAAUGCAAUUGGUACUGAUGGUAAUAUGGAUCUUGCUGUGGAAGUUGAGCAUUCUGCUCCUUCCAUUGAGCAACCUGUGGAGCCGGUCACUAGGGAGAUACAGAAUGUGAAUUUACAGAUAUUAGUGGCUAGUAUGCCUUUAAUUGAGAAGGUGAGGCCUAAUAGGGAAGAGGAGCUUGACGAUUCUAGUGAAGAUGAUAGGGCUCAGAAUGUUAAUGGAGAGGAUGAAGUGGUACCUGAGAAUUCAAAGGUGGUUGCCUCCUCUCAAAUUUCACAUUGGUAUGAAGAAACUGAACGUGUUGAGGAAGAAGAAGAAUUUACAACAGUUGUGUCCAAUGCUUAA